AAGAUUUGGGGGGCGGCGCUUCGAGCGUCAGGUCGUGGCCUGCGUCCACGUCAUGGUUGCGAAUAUCGCCCAUGCUUUUGCCUCUGGCCCGCCCGCCGUUCCGGGCCUUUUUGUCCUGUCGCGCCAAUUUCCCCCUUCCGCAUUCACCUUUUCACCUGUGCGCUUCCACGUGUACUUUUACUGGGCGGUAAAGGUGGUCAUCCGUUUUCCUUCCGUCGGAAAACAGAGCAAAGAAAUCAUAGACGCCGGCCAAAUCAAUACCGGGCGAUCGAGCUAAGCAUGUGACGUCAGAUAAGAUUUUAUUCGGCAGGGGCAAUAAUCUUUGAUAACCUCGUGCGCUUAGUCGCGAUGUAACAGACGGCUUUUCUGUUUUUUCUUUUUUGAGUUGUUGAUUGUCUUUGCAACGAAGAAAGAGGAAGAGGCACCCACGAAAUGGAGUCCCCGUUCCGUCUCCUUUCCAUAGCCGCGUCGGGGGCGUGCACUCCCAUGUAAACGCAACGCCAAGACACAUACACAUAGCACCAGCUUUCGGCUGGCCGGCAAAUAGCAGCAGCAUCUUCAGCCGGCACUGACCUCUUCUCCACUUUAUUUAGUACAAACACACACCUAGCUACUCCUACAUAUUCGACGGCAGGUGGACACGUGAAGGGGAGGGAAACCACACGGGUUUGAUUUCGUUUUCGUUCCCGUUCAUCGGCCAACUCGAUUGGACCGGACUUUUCUUGGAGCCUCCCCUCCAAGGAAACGAAACCUGAAUGCAACAAGCAAGAGCCUACAUGGGGCGACGGCGGCGCCGACGAGCGAUCCGCCAUGUCUCGGUUGAAUCGGAGGUCGACGCAUCGGCGGCACCGACCGCCACGGCCACGGCCAGGGCCUCGGCGGCGGUGCUCACCGCGCCGCUGUCGCUGGAAGGGGGCCUCGCGGCGGAGCUCCAGCCGGCGAACCUCGUGCAGCGGGUGCUCAGCCUCUUCGGGAACGUCAGGCCGGGCGCCGAUCUCUCGCACUUCCAGCUGCCUGCUACGUUCAACCUGCCAAAAUCGCAGCUCCAGUUGUACGGGGAAAUAGUCUACUGCGACGGAGACGACUACCUGAGCAGAUGCGGCAAAGGCAAGGACAGCCUCGAGCGCUUCACGGCGGUCGUCGCAUGGAGCAUCUCGACGACGAGGCCGCCCAUCUUUGGUUUCGCGCCCUACAACCCGGUCCUCGGAGAGACGCACCAUGUCUCCAGAGGGUCACUCCAUGUCCUUCUUGAGCAGGUGUGUCAUAAACCCCCGGUCUCUGCGCUUCACGCUACCGAUGACGGCGGGAACGUCGAGCUUGUCUGGAGCCAACACCCAGUGCCGAAAUUUAAUGGUGCUAGCAUAGAGGCAACGGUGCACGGCAAGAGGCAAGUCAGGCUUCCAAAGUUCAACGAGACAUACGAGAUGGACUGUCCAAAUCUGCUCAUCAGGCUGCUUCCUGGGCCCUCCGUCGAGUGGUCCGGCACCGUCAGGAUCGUCUGCAAGGACUCCGGGCUCGAGGCAGAAUUGAGCUACCACAGAAGCAACUCCUUCAUGGGAAUGGGAGGUGACGGGAGGUGCGUUAAGGGCAAGGUGUUCCAUUCAUCGAGCCCGCAGGACACCGUCUUCGAGAUCGAUGGCUACUGGGAUAGGACUGUUUCACUCAAGGAUGUUGAGAGUGGGGAGGUCUUGGUUCUCUACGACGCGAACCUCUCCAUCGCUAACCUCGUCACACCGGAGGUUAAAGAUGAAGAGGUGAAAUUCCAACUCAGAAGAAAAUAUAUUGCACUUUUCUUGUUCUUUCAAGCCAAUAUAAAAUUUCACACUUUCUGUACUUGUGAUCAAGUGAAGACAUGGGCUUGUCAUCUACCGAGUCGGCGGUCGUCUGGAGCGAAGUCAGCGAGGCUAUCCUGGCAAAGGAUUGGGAGAAGGCUAGCGAGGCGAAGCGGAAAGUCGAGGGCACAGCUAGGAGCCUUGAGAAGGAGAGGAAUGAGAAGGGAGAGGUGUGGAUGCCCAAGCACUUCUCAUUGUCCCAGGACAAGGAUGGGAACUGGGAGUGCUGGCCAUUAGAGAAAUCAGUGCGUCCAGCUCCUAUCGUUGUACCUUCUCCUUCUUCAUGACACUACAUUACAUGUAAUAACAAUGUUAAAUCAUAUAAUCAAGCUGACCAUUCUUUUUUA